CUAAAUCGUCUCUUUUGAAUCUGUGCUUCAUUUUCGUUGUUUCUCCGUCUGCUUAUCCACGGCCGAGAAGCAAUUGUUGUCAGAUAUUCUUUGUGGUUAUAAUACUUGAGGCCAUGCCUGCUACAAAGAAGAGUUCUGAUUGCAGUCACAUUGGCUAUGCAUUCAACAAGUUGAUGAAGCAAAUUGGACAUCCGGUUGAGUUUGAACUGCCAGAUUGCUUUAAUAAGUGGAAAGACACGCCAUACACCGUUAUAAGGCGCAACAUAUAUCUCACAAAGAGGAUUAAAAGGCGCCUGGAGGAUGAUGGAAUUUUCUGUUCUUGCACAUCAUCAUCACCUGGUUCUUCUGUGUGUGGCAGAGAUUGCCACUGUGGGAUGCUACUGUCUAGUUGCUCUUCUGGCUGCAGCUGUGGGAGUUCAUGCCUCAAUAAACCAUUCCAACACAGACCUGUCAAAAAACUGAAAUUGAUUAAGACCGAGAAAUGUGGAGAGGGCAUUGUAGCUGAUGAAGAUAUCAAGCAUGGAGAGUUUGUAAUAGAAUAUGUCGGGGAAGUUAUUGAUGACAAAACAUGUGAGGAGAGGCUUUGGAACAUGAAGCAUCGUGGAGAAACCAAUUUCUACUUAUGUGAAAUCAAUCGUGAUAUGGUAAUUGAUGCCACAUACAAGGGGAACAAAUCCAGAUAUAUAAACCAUAGUUGCUGCCCCAAUACUGAGAUGCAGAAAUGGAUAAUUGAUGGUGAAACAAGGAUUGGCAUAUUUGCAAUGCGAGAUAUAAAAAAGGGGGAGCAUCUGACCUAUGAUUAUCAGUUUGUUCAAUUUGGUGCAGAUCAAGAUUGUCACUGUGGUGCCGCUGGCUGCAGGCAAAAACUUGGGGUCAAACCUAGCAAGUCAAAGAUGUCAUCAGAUGCUACAUUAAAGCUAGUAGCAUGCCAAGUGGCAGUGUCCUCUCCAACAUUGAAAGCUGUUCUAUUUGGAAAUGAAAAUGGAGGUUUGCCUGUCGGAACUUCUCAGCAUGAUUAUAAUCAACGACAGUUACGUUUUCGGUGUUGCAUUGGUGAAGUGAUAAAAAUAUCUCGUCCAAUAAAUGAUAGUUACUUUGGAAUUAUUAAACGAUUUGACAAGUAUUCAAAAAAGCACCUGGUCAUGUUUGAAGAUGGUGAUGUUGAAUUUCUGGAUCUGUCGAAAGAGGAUUGGGAGAUUAUCACUUUGUAAGGUCAAUUUUUUAGGUACUGUUGUUAAAGAAGAAAUGCUAGCGAAAAGCCCGAUAGACCAAGAAAAUGACCGGAUUUGAUUGCAUUGUUACAGAGCAAUGUCCUUGUAGUGCUUUUUUUUUUUCUGCAUGUUGAGAUACUUACCAUUGUCACUUCUCAUCUUUUCAAGUGUUACCAUCUUGCUGUAUCAAAGGCCGAGAAGGGAUGUUAUGUUUGUCAGUGAAGCAACUAAUGGUAUGGACCCAUUCAUGAUGGUUUGAUCAA